CAGCUGGCUGGGGACACUGCAUCAGACCCGAGUGACCACGCAGCCUGCUCUUCUCUGCACACCAGGUGGCUCUCCUUCCUCCGAACGCUUACCAUUCGCUCAAGGUCCAGCCUCUUGUGAACCAUGAGUUCCCACCAGCAGAAGCAGCCCUGCACCACACCCCCCCAGCUUCAGCAGCAGCAGGUGAAACAGCCCUGCCAGCCUCCACCCCAGGAGCCAUGUGUUCCUCAAACCAAGGAGCCAUGCCACACCAAGGUUCCUGAGCCCUGCCACACCAAGGUUCCUGAGCCCUGCCACCCCACGGUUCCUGAGCCCUGCCAACCCACAGUUCCUGAGCCCUGCCACACCAAGGUUCCUGAGCCAUGCCACCCCAAGGCUCCUGAGCCAUGCCACCCCAAGGCUCCUGAGCCAUGCCACACCAAGGUUCCUGAGCCAUGUCCCUCAACGGUCAUUCCGGCACCAAUUCAGCAGACCAAGCAGAAGUAAUGUGACCCAUGCCCUUGAGGAACCAAUCAUCAAGUGCUGAAUCCCCUCUCCCAUUCUGCUUGAGUGCCAUUUUCCUUGUAAUUAGCAUGCUGUCACCCUGAGUCUCAAUUGCCCCCUAAAAAUAUGUGCUAUGAAGCCUUCCUUCCCAAGCACUCUGGCCCCUGAGCUUCUGAAUGAGGCUGAGGGUCUUGGUACCCUAGAACCUUAGUUUCAGCUGCUCAGGAUUCAUCUGAAGAGGGACUUAAGGUUCAAUCAUGCGGAUCAGCUCUGUUCUGCCCCCAUUAAAUGCACUUUCCAUUUCA